UUUACUUAAGGUACCGUAGCUACGGGUGUCAAAGAGGGACAAUUCCGUGUUGCUGCCGGGGAGGAAAGCUUAGCUAACCAUCUUUCCCAGAACAUGGCAGCACAUCUGAAAAAGCGAGUUUAUGAGGAAUUUUCCAAAGUUGUACAGAUUCCCCAUGAAGAAGCUCCGGCCAAGAAGUUACGUCUGUCCAAACCCAGUAAAUCUGCAGCUCUGCACAUUGACCUCUGUAAGGCCACAAACUCCACAGAUGCCCUGCAGUACCUGCUGCAGUUCGCACGCAAGCCUGUGGAGGCAGAGAGUGUGGAGGGCGUGAUCCGAAUCCUGUUGGAGCACUACUACAAGGAGACAGAUAAUUCGGUGAGGCUGAAGAUUGCCUCUCUGCUGGGUCUGCUGUCCAAAACACAGGGAUUCAGCCCCGACUGCAUCGUUGACGACAGCAUUAACACACUCAGCAAUGAGAAGUCCCAUCAGGUCCUUGCCCAGCUGAUGGACACUCUGCUGGUUAUUGGUACACAACUACCUGAGAGUCCCACAGUCCGACAAAGGCUCAUAGAGGUGGCCUGCAAGCACCUGUCUGAUACAUACUUCGGGGUGAGGAACAAGUGUCUGCAGCUCCUGGGAUGUCUCGGCAUUGUGGAGAGUCCUCUGAACAAAGACGAAGGACUGGGCACAUCGAUAGGAGGAGUGAGGGACGUCCAGAGUAUCAUCAGUGACUACUUUGGUGACCAGGACCCCAGAGUCCGCACUGCAGCCAUCAAAGCCAUGCUGCAGCUGCAUGAGAGAGGAAUGAAGAUUCAUCAGAUCAUUUAUGACCAGGCCUGCAGGUUGCUGUCAGAUGAUUAUGAGCAGGUCCGCUCUGCGGCGGUGCAGAUGGUUUGGGUGCUCAGCCAGCUGUACCCGGAAAGCAUCGUGCCCAUCCCAUCAUCUAAUGAAGAGAUCCGACUGGUUGAUGAUGCGUUUGGGAAGAUCAGUCACAUGGUCAGUGAUGGCUCCUGGAUGGUUCGGGUACAGGCUGCCAAAACACUGGGUUCAAUGCUGCAGGUCAGUCCUCACUUUCUGGAGCAAACUCUGGAUAAGAAGCUGAUGUCAGAUCUCAGGAGGAAGCGUACAGCCCAUGAACGGGCCAAGGAGCUCUUUGCCUCCGGAGAGUUCUCCUCUGGCAGGAAGUGGGCCGAUGACGCCCCCAAGGAGAAACUGGACACCAACACCGUCAACCUCAUCGCCUCAGGUGCCUGCGGUGCCUUCGUUCACGGACUGGAGGACGAGAUGUUUGAGGUCCGUAUCGCGGCGGUGGAGGCGUUGUGCCAGCUGGCUCGGUCAUCUCCGAGCUUUGCCGAAAAGUGUCUGGACUUCCUGGUCGACAUGUUCAAUGACGAGAUUGAGGAAGUGAGGCUGCAGUCCAUUCACGUGCUGAGAGAAAUCUCUACCCAUAUAACUCUCAGGGAGGACCAGCUGGACACUGUGCUGGCUGUGUUGGAGGACUCGUCUCGUGACAUCAGAGAAGCUCUCCAUGAAUUACUUUGUUACACCAACGUCUCCACUAAAGAGUGUAUCCAGCUGGCUCUGCUGGAGCUGCUGAAGAACCUCAACAAGUAUCCCACUGACCGCAACUCUGUCUGGAAGUGUCUGAUGUUCAUGGGUUCCCGCCACCCAACACUGGUGUUGCCGCUGGUUUCUGAACUGCUGAGCACACACCCGUAUUUUGACACACCAGAGCCUGACAUGGACGAUCCAGCCUACAUCGCGGUGCUGGUGUUGGUGUUCAACGCUGCCAAGUCGUGCCCCACCAUGCCGUCGCUGUUCUCCGACCACACCUUCAGACACUACGUCUACCUGAGGGACAGUCUGUCACACCUUGUACCACCACUAAGAUUGCCGGGCAGGAAGCAGGUGUAUGGUCUGGACUCUGUGGAUUCGGGUUCUGGUUCAGGUUCUGUGGAAUCAGCUCAGCUUUUCCUUCAACAGAGUUUAAACAGGGUCAGCACCAUCCAGAACCUGGAAGCACCUGGAGCUCAGGACCUGCUGGAUUUCACUAUACGAGACCUGCAGCGGCUCGGGGAACUGCAGACAGAGCUCGCUGGAGCUGCUGAUUUCUGUGCCACAUACCUGCGCUGCCAGCUGCUGCUCAUCAAGGCUCUGCAGGAGAAGCUGUGGAACAUGGCCGUCCCUCUAUGCCUCAAACAAAAUGUCACGGCAACAGCAGCAGCUCAACAGAUUUUAGAGGAAACGUACAAGCUGGAGUUUCUGUACUGUGGGUUGGAAAGCAGACAGGUGGCCACGAUACAUCAUGUUCGCCUCCAGGCCAAAGCCCUGCAGCUCAUCCUGACUGCUCGCACCAGGCAAGGGUUGGAUCCUCUCAUCAGCAGCUGUGAGAAGUUUUUGCAGGACGUUGAGUCUUUUCAGAGGCUGUUUCUGACAGAGCUGCCCCACCUCCAGGACAGUUUUGUGGAUAAGCUUUUGGAGCUGAUGCCGCGGCUGUCGUCCUGUAAACCAGUUGAGCUGGUGAAGAUCCUCCAGACGACCCUCAGACAGAGUGGCCUGCUGCAGCUCAAACUGCCUGAACAGAUCCAUCGGGCGACAGCCACCAUCAUAGAGCCAACAGGGGAGUCUGACAAUCCACUGAGGUUCACAACUGGCCUGGUGGUGGCGCUAGACAUCGAUGCAACACUAGAGCACGUCCAGGAUCCGCAGAACAGUGUGAAAGUACAGGUUCUGUAUCCAGAUGGCCAGAGUCAUGUGAUCCAUCCUAGACCUGGAGACUUCAGAAAACCUGGACCUAACAGACACAGACUCAUCACACAGGUCUACCUCUCCCACACCGCAUGGACAGAGCCGUCUCAGAUCGAGGUGCGCCUCCUGCUGGCCUACAGCUCCUCCUCCACCUCCCUCUCUUCCUCAGCCUCCAAGCAGGGAUGGAGCGACAGCAUCGACAGCAUCCCACCAUCCGAGGCCGCUGUCGAGGGAACCAUCCCAUUCAGCAAGCCAGUCAAAGUCUACAUCAUGCCCAAACCUGCCCGGCGCUAACAAAACCCUGAACACAGGAAAGACGGACAAGGCUCUAACUCUUCUCAGCUUUCACAUGUAUGAGCUAUGUUAAGGUCAUUAAUGUCAGCUGUGUCAGGUCACAUUUCCCUUCACAACGACUGAAGUCGAUUCAAAACUGUACAGAAAAGGUGAAACCGUUUUGCUUUCUCUUCAAAAACACAUUCAUUUUUAAAAUUAGGGCAAGCGAGUGGCAUCCAUUAAAAUCAUUUAUAGCUAAGUAGUAAGAA